CGCCUCAUUGGUGCGAUAGAACAUAAAGUUUCUACAUUUAUGAAGCAUCUGAUAUUUAUUUGCCGCAACACAAGAUGGAUAUGUUGAGUGUGUGGGUGUUUUGGUGGAGAGCGUGUUGGAAACGUUAUUUUUGUUAGCCAACGAUGUCUUGGAUCAAAAAUACUACAUAUUUCCCCAUAAUAAUUUUUGUUUAAAUUCAUCACAGAACAACACGGACAAAAUGAAUAAGAACAAGACAACUAUGAGCAAGGAGACAGAGAAGACCCUAGAGAACAUGAAGGAUUCUGAUCUCAAAUGUCUCCUGGAUGAAGUGUGCAGCUACAAACAUACUGGCGACAUGCAAGGAAAAUCUCCUCUUGUUCAGGGUCUGCUGAGGCAGGCAGAGGAGAGCGAGUCGGGAGAGGAGAGCAUCAAACGCCCUCCCAAGCGGCACAAAAAGCCCAAGGAGCGCCGCCGCCGCAAGGAGAGCGACAGUCUGGCGGCGCGCACGCACGCCGGCGGCUCGCUGGACAACAUCGGCGGCGACAAGGCGCAGACGGCGGCGGCGCGACAGCGCGGCGUGGCCGGACGCACGCGCGAGGGAGGAUCGUGCUGCAACCUGUCGCGCGGCUCGUUCGAGACGACAGUGGCGCGGCGGCGCCGGCGGCGCGACCCACACCGGCAGCACGGCGGCUCACUCGAGGACCUGAGCGCCAUCGACGAGACGGGCGGCGGCGCCGGGCGCGCCAAGUCGUCCGUCUCCGAGUCGGGCAAACACGGCGGCAGCCUGCAGAACAUCAACCAGGAGGGCGGCGGCGACUUCCGACCCCCGGCCGCCGCCGCCGCCGCCGCCGCCGCCGCCGCCACCGCCACCGCCGCCGCCGCCGCCGCGGUGGCCUUCUCAGUCGUGUCGUCCGUCGCUGCCUCGGCCUCGUCUGUGGGCGCCGCCGCCGGGCCGCCGGCCGCCGUCAUCGACAUUGACGCCGAGGGCGCGGCGGCGGCGCGUCCGGCGGGCGGCAGCCGGGGCGGCUCGGCGGAGCCGGGGCGGCUGCCGAACGCCGACCAGGCGCCCCCGGACGCCACCGUGGAUUUCUCGCUGCAGCUGGACCCGCGGCAGCAGGCGCCGCCGGCCCGUUCAGCCCCGUACACCGCCGGCGUGGAUAUUCCCAGCGUCGAGCGCGAUGUGAGUCGGCUGCUGGCCGUCCAUCCGGCCACCUACACCAAAGAGGAUGUGAAGGACAUGCCACCAGGCGAGCCUCUGGGGCCCUCCAGUCGACGGCUGCAGCCGGCGGCGGAGAGCGGCGGCACCGGAUUGGUGAACGGUCAGCGACCCGGCUCCUCCGGCCCGACCAGCGCUGGCAAGGGGCGCAAGGGCAAGAAAAAGGGUCACGAGGAGGAGCAGCUGACACAAAACGUGGACGGCUACCGGGGAAAGGAAGACCUGGAGGACCUCCUCGGCUUCAUAGAGUCCGGCGACAAAAAGGACAAAAACGGCAACAAAAAGUCCGACAAGGCCAAGGAGGGCAAGAAGGACGCCAAGGGCCGCAAGCCGAGCGUGCGCUCUGGCGAGGAGGACCGCUCGUCACGCGGCGAGCGCUCCGGCGGCCGGGGCCACGAGCGGCGCCCGUCGGGCCGCGGUGCCACCAAGCCGGCGCCGAGCGGCCGCAGCAGCAGUCUGGAGGCCCGGCCGGCGCCGGCCGCCGCGGCCGACGGAGCCGCCGCCGACGGGGCCGCCGGCCGCGCCGACGGCACCAGUGUCUUCUGCGGAGACCUAGCCAAGUCGAGCCUCAAGAAGAGCGACUCGACGCCGGCCGGCCCCACGGUGGUGGCCUUCGACGGCGGCACGUACGUGAGCCCGCCGGCGGCUGAGCGCGACAGCGAGGGCUUCGUGCAGGACUUUUACAGCGUCACCACCGACUCGACCCCCAUCGAGGAGACAGAGUUCCACGUGGUGACGCGCAAACAGCGGCGGCGCGGCGGCGCGCGCGCCGGUGCCGCCGACUCAUCCCGGCCGCACGCGCUGCGUCACAAGACUAACAGCCUGGACGACAGUGCGCGCGCCGCGCCGGAGCCGCCGGGCCAGCCGCGGCGGCCGUACGUGCCCGGUCAGAGGCACGUCACCUCGUCCAGCGCGCCGCACUCUGAGCUCUCAGACAGCGACAGCGACGGAGCCGGCAGCCUGCCGCCGCCGCCGCCGUCCCUGGGCGACGCGGGCGGCGGCCGAGCCGGGCGCGCCUCACCGCCGCCCAACGUGACGCCCGCUGCCGCUGUCGCCACUCCAGCCCCCGCCCCCGCCGCUACCUCUAGCGGUGGCUCCGGCGGCUCCUCCUGGGCAGACGUGACCCGGAGCCGGCAGGAGAGCCAGGCGAGCGGGCCGGCCGUGGCGCCGACCCCGCAGCGCGCCGCCGGCACACGUGACGCCGGCACCUCCACAGACUUUAUCGACGGCGUGGGGCCCAUCUUCGGCGAGCGCGCGUCGCCCAGGGGCCGGCCGGUGGCGGCCGUGGCGGCAUUCGUGCGCGGCGCGUCCGAGCCGGCCGACGGCCUCAUCGGCGGCUCGCACCCGGACGAGUUCCCGGAGAUUGCGCCCGUGCCCGCGCCCGCCGCCGCCGCCGCUGCUGCUGCCAAGUCGCCGCGCGCGGGGUCGGCCGCCCCGGCAGCCGCCGCCGCGGCGGUGUCCUCGGCUCCGGCCGCCGGCGCUGUCAGUGUUUCGCCGUCCGCGGCCGCCGCGCCCUCUGAGGACUCCGCCGGAGGAGCGGGUGCCCCAGUGACGGUCCCCGCCGCCUCCGCCGACGCCCGAGCAGACAGGCCGCCCGCGGCGCCGGCGCCGGCCGCCGCGGCCGCGCUGGCCAGUCGGGACACGGGCAGUGCGGUAUCGGGCAGUCCGGCCUCCCCCGUGGUGCCGACGGCGCCGUCCAGUGACGCGAACAAUGCCGCCGAGCGGCCCGCACCCGCGGCGUCGGCCGGCCGGCGGACCAAAAAGGCGCCGGCGGUCACCAUCCGAGGGACGCUGGAGGUCUCGGCGGCGCCCGGCGCGGCCAGUGCGCAGGUGCAGGGCAUCCAGUUCGGCUAUAUCGACCAGUGCAGCGAGCCGUGUGCACCGCCGCCGGCCGCCGCCGCCGCCGCCGCGGCCGCGGCCGCCGCUGUGGACGCGUUCUGUCGCCGGUUCCGGCCGCCCGUCGUCGAUGUGAGCCGGUUCAACUGGGCCGAGAUCGUCGCCUACCUCAGCAAAGUUUAUGAGGAGGCGGCGCGUGACCCGGCCGUGUUUUUCGCCGCGCGGCCGGCCGUACAGAACGGUGUGCGGCCUGCGGUGCCGGCGGCGGCGGCGGCGCCGCUCUGAGUGCGGCCCGGCCCGGCGCCGGCCGCCCGGGCGCUCACCACGCCCUGCUGUGAUCAAACUGUGAGCUCGGCGCGCCGCCGGCACAGGACGCUACCGGCGAGCGCCAGGUGUGUGCGAGUGUGUGUGUGAGUGGAGAGAGGUGCGGCCGUGGCCCGCCGCGCCGCGCCGCGCCGCCCGCUGCGAGUCUCUGAGUGAUGGAGUGUCCGCCGUGUGUUAUGUGUGUCGUAGCCGUCCGUGGCCGACGGGCGGCCCUGCUCGGCGGGCCGGCCGCCAGAGACGGUGCCUGCAGGACUGACGGCGGCCGGCCGGCGCCAGCGCGGCGCUGAGCCGCCGGCGCCGCCACCGACCGGCAGCGGACCCGUGCACCGUGCCCAACUGCCGCAGACGCCGCCUUCGUGAUGAUUGUUGUUGCUCGUCGCUUGCUCGCUGUCAUAGACUCCCCCGAAUCCCAUGGCAUUGUUGUUCCCCUCGCCGGCUAGGAGAGAUACCGAAGACGAGUUGUUGCUUUCAUAAAUACGAUGUCUUUCCUGGACGGCGCGCCCUGGCCCGUAGGCACCUCUCGUCACUGUCUCGCUCGACUGGGUCCGUGCCUUGCUGUCGCUCCUGUUCACGACUAUCGCUCCGGGAAGAGGCGUGCAAUCUGAGCACUCUGAUGUGCAUUGUACCGCAUUCGCGUCGCUUGUUCGCUCUAAACCCGGCAGCCACUGCUCCCCACUCCCCGUCAGACGCCGUCGUUCGUCCCCUUUCAGUCGCUGUUGCUGCUGCCCUCCGCCAUCAGUCGCUGCCCCCCCCCGCCGUCAGUCGCUGCCCCCCCCCCCCGCCGUCAGUCGCUGCCCCCCGCCCCCCAGUUCCUGCCGAUCGCGUCCAGCCUGGUCUCUCGGCCGUGCGAACCCGUGAUACUCCGAGCGUCCCCCCCCCCCCCCCGGCGUUCGCCUGUAGCCGGACCGCCCAUAACUGAGUGUUCCCGGCUGACCGGUGCUCCGGCGACCUCCGUGUCCCCCCGGGUGGACGGCCCGGGGCGGCCGCACGCCUCCGCUGACCGGACCACGGCGGACGGCGGAGCCCGCUCCGGCGGCAGCUGCCAGAGUUGUGACAAGCACGGCCACCGGCUGCGCCCGACACUCGUGUGUGAGAGUGGUUUUCUAUGGCCGCAGUCAGAUCUGUUUCUGUUCGAAUGGUACACGCCGCGAGAUUGGUUUUACGUUGCUUUCCGAAAUUUGGAACGUGAAAUAAACAUUGCAUAAUACUGAG